UCAAUUUCUGAGUUCAAGUCCAUGAAUGAAAGUGGUGUCUCAUGGAGAGAGGAUAUGAAACUUCCAGGCUUACCAAGGGUCCUUAUGCGACACAGUUCUGGACCAGAGCUUUUUGGAAAUCUACAAAGUCCUUGCCUGGAAAACUGAAAGUCAACAAAAACAUGGCAUGGAUCAGCCCACCACGCAUUUGGAACUUUGUUCAUGAGGCGGUGCAUAACUACUCCUUUGGCACACGUCAGCAGAGGAAGCUCUUUCCUUAUUAUCAUGCCCCAAACUUCUUGGGGAACAAGUUUCUCCCAAUUAGGGGAUCACCCCACAGAGGACCUGGAUGUUACCUACCAGAAGAUAAAUAUGGCUUGGCAUACAACCUAUCUAAGAUACCGACCAGUACAAAAGGAUAUGCCCUUGGAGCCAGAACAGCCCUGAGGUUUAAACCAAUUAGCAAGGAUGUGACACCUUUCCCAGGCAUGUACCAGAUAAUGAGUCUUGGAGAAGAGAAACACAAACAAAGUUUUGCUCCAUUUAAUGUCUUGAUGCCUCGAUUUAAGAGUCGCUCAAAGGACAAUAAUAAUCCCGGCCCUGGUACAUACAACCCAAAGAAUAAGCCAUUCCCAAAAAUUGCUUGGCCUAUGAAAUUUGGAUCUCCAGAUUGGGCUCAGGUUCCAUGUCUUCAGAAAAGAACCUUAAAAGCUGAGCUGUCCACAGACAAAGACUUCAGAAAGCAUCGGAACCGUGUGGCCUACCUAAGCCUAUAUUACAACUGAGGAGUGGUGACUACUUCACACACUCCUCCUGACCACAGAAUGUCCAAGAUCGAGGACAGAGCUUCUCUUCAUCCUCUGCAUUCUGUGGCAUUCUUGUCUGCCAGUGUGAUGCCCAGGGGUGGGCAAGGGACUCAUAACUACUGUAUGAGCAUAAAGACUAGUUCAGAGUAUUCUAUCUCCAGCUGCUGGUCUGUGUGCAUACAUACCUAGAUGGAGCUGGGAGUUCAGUUGGGUGGUUUCAUUUUAGCGAAAUAACCUUGGGUCCCUACUCUCCAGCUCUAAUUACCAGAUGCCAAUUUUAUAAAAUUUACCAGUAUCUCUGGAUAGGAGGCUGUCAGAUGUGAUUUGGACAAGUUAAAUAAUUUAUGUUUAGGACCUCUUCCAAAAUUUUCAAGGAAUAGGAAGAUCCUGAUUAGGUUACAUCUCCCAGAUUGACAUAACUCUCACAGAGUCAAAACUACCUGUUUUCCCAUUACAUCAUCUACUUAGUCUGUCAUUCAACGUAUAUCUGGGGUUCCUACUAUGUGUCAAACAGAGCAGUGAGCACUGGGGUUAUAGCAGGAAUCAAAAUAAACCCAUCGGUUUGCACCUUAAUUCUGGCCUGAAGUCUGAGGACUCCCUAAGCCAUUUAGUAAAUUGGACCUGCCCCUCAAUCUGAAUGUUCCCCUAAAGCUUUAACAAGUUACUCUGGAAAUAUAAAGGUCAGAAUCCACAGCAACCACAUUCAUAGUACCUACCCAGACAUUCCAGCCCAAAAAGUAGGCUACCUUCCUUCCACCUCUCCCUGAAAUAACUCACAUACAGGUCAUUCAGGAUUGGCACUGCAUGCGGUCCACUUUAUCUUUUGGGAAUCUUUUAGUACCCGGAUGAACUUGGGCCACUUCUCAGGAAGAUACCAAAUAUACCUGUGUCUAGAUACCAAAGUGAGGAGCUACCAGUGGCCACAGAAAGCUCUAGCCUACUGUAACCCUCAGGGCCACCCACGGUAAAGGGGUUGUAAGAGUCAUGAUGCUAAAGGACUCAAUUCCUCGAGGGCUGAGGUCUCCCGAAAUAAUAGUGAUGAAGGACAGAAAAGUCUCUCUAUAAAUCACAUUAGAAAAUUAAGAUAAUGAUAAAGGUGCUUCAGGCUGAAAACUUACCCUACAUACAGGAAC